AUGUCGAUGAAUACCAUUAUCGGAGAAGAAAGCAAGACGGAGGAGGAGAUUGAGAUGCCAAAGGAAUCGUUACCGACGGAGGAGGAGAUUGAGAUGCCAAAGGAAUCGUUGAGUGAUUGCGCGCCUUCAUCGGUUAAGAAAAAUAAACAUAUUGCCGGUCUUGUUCGGAUUUAUGAUGAUUCCUCUAACAACACCUUUUUACGUGUCACUAAUGUAUCUGAUCCAUCUAAAGGGGAAAGGGUAUAUUGCAUGAAUGAACACCCCAAUUUUUUGAUGAGGACUACUUUUACUAUACUUAAAGCAUGGCAACUUGUCAGACGAAUCAAGGUAAGCUUUCAACUAUACCAAAAUGCUUCUGAAUGUUGA